CUUUUCAAAAUCACAGUGGCUGAAAACAUCGAGAGGACUCGACAAUACGACCACAAAAAAAGAACAUUGGGGAAAUAAGGACGAUGGAGGAAUGUGAGAGUCUGGAGUCGGAGGUGACGGAGCUUCAGGAGUGUCAGAGUGAGGCUUCAGAGGCCAUCAGCCAGGACGAUGAAGACGAGGUGGAGCUACUGAAAAACAGUCUGCGAGAGGUUGUCCAGGACCCGUUUGUCAAGCCCAAGUUCCAGUGCCUGAUGGUGGAUCCAUCGUUCUCCAUGGUAACCGUUCAGAGCGAAGACAGCGGCAUCGUCUGGGAGACGGCCUCCAGCCGCUGCUCUACCCCCUGGGCCUCGGAAACCAGCUCCAUCGCUGAAGGCUACAGCAUGGAGGGCUCUGGAGCUGCAGGGAAGAUCACCAUCGUCUUCGACGAGGAACAAAUAGUCCGUCGGAGGACGAGAUCUGGAAGGAGCAGCAGGCUGGGGGACAGACUGAGUCGACCUGGCAGUUCAAGGUCGGCUUCGGCCCUGGGAGCGGAGAGACCCGAGAUGGCCGAGAUUUCUCUUCCCAAUGUCAAACGAGAAAAAGACGAAACGGCGCCAGACUUGGAGGAACUCAAAAACAAAGAUCAGCAGCUGUUUAAUCUCAUCUCAGAGGGUUAUGAGAUCCUCAACAUCAGAGUCCCCUCCAAACUCCCCACUGUGGACGAGGAAGAGAGCACAGAGCUGCAGGACAAUUUGUCUUAUUUGGACCAGACGCCGAAGAUCAGGUCCCGAGACAGAGAAGACUGGACACGGCAACGACACGAUGCCCCGCCCACCGACGGGGAAUUACUGGAUAACCAAGAGGAAGACUCUUCUCAGCCAUCAGUGGACCCGGAGCUCAGACACAAACCCACUGAGGCAGAAAGCUCUGGCGACAUGGACUACUUUGAGAAGUUUACCUUGGUGGAUGUGGUGGUUCCUGGAGAACACGCUCCAGGGCUGCAGGAGGAACCCCAACAGCCACGGGAGAAGCCCGAAGUCGAGGAGCAAAAGCCAGCCGACGAGGCCGCCGCAGACAGCCCGUCUGCAUCGGAAGACUCUUUUGUCUUUGUUACGGAUGUGGAGAUCGAGGGGGAUCACCUCGAUGUGGUCUUCUACGGUGAAGGAGAUCCUACUCAUGCAUUACAGCGGCGGGAAGACGAGGAGGAGGAGAGCGGGACGAGGAGGAGACGGGCGAGCCAGAGAUCUCUCAAGGAAAAUGGUUCCGUGUUGUUUGGGGGUGAAGACACCGUCCUCACGCCGAUCUUCAUCUCCUCUGGACCCCCAAAGAUCAUCGACCAGAUCCUGCUCGAUGAGCCGACCGCCAUGUCCUUCAUGUACUCGGACCUUUACGAGGACGCCGUCGGCGAGAGGAGGACGAGCGACGAGGAACGCUCCGAGGCGGAGAGCUCGACGUCCGAGAAGACGUACGAGAGACGUUUUUCAGAUUCAGAGGAGGCAGACGGGUACCUGGAGAAGUUCACUUUGAAGGAUGACACUCCCGCAGUGGAGGCUCAACCAGAGUCAGUGGCGGAGGAGCGGGAGGGGAGGACGAUGUGGUCGCAGAGCGAGUUUGACAUGACAGGAUGUCUAACAAGAGUGGCCAAUGAAGAAGACGAGGACAAGAAUAAAACAGAGGGCCGAGAGGUCAGCGUUGAAGAUGAAGAUUUACAAUCAGCCACAUUUAAAGGAGAAUUAAUUCCCGAGACAAAAGAGGAGAUGAAAGAAAUACAAGUCCCCGUGGUGACUGUCGGAGAGGCCCCCGACGAGUCGAUUCAGGUCUCCAAGCUGAGAGAGGAUCAGGAGGGGACACAGACUGGGCCUCCUCAGAGCAGCGCUGAUGAAUCACCAAAGGUAGAACGUAAAGUAGAGGAAACAGAGGAGCAGAGAGAAGUGCCAGAAGAAACGACUCGUGUUAUUGAAACUGAGCCGCCAUGUCAGACUCAGGAGGUGGGAGAACAAACCGCUCAGGGGGUUGUGCACGGAGCAGAGGACACGGCUGUGGAAGGACCCGGAGGCAGCGAGGCGGCUCACAUCACCAGCGAGAGCAGUUUGUCUGAGGAGGCUGCCGAUGAGACGGACUCAACCGAGGCCCGAGCAGACGCCUCGGCUGAAGCGAAAGAGACUGAAAGACAGGAAACGCUCACCUCUACCGGAGGAGAGGAACCCGCUGAAACAUCCGCGUGCGAGGAGGAAGAAGCUGCUGCAGUUGUUCCCGGAGAUGCUGCACCUGUGGAGGUCAUCGCCGACUGCGAUUCUGCUCUACAGGCGUUAGUGCAGGUGAUUGAAAAGGCAGCGGAUGAAAACGAGAUCCGGACUCACGUUCGGAUCGAUCUUCAGGAGGCGGCGAGUGUCGAGGCGGCGGAUGUUCAAACGGCGAAAGGAGGAGAAAAACACGGCGUUCCAUCAGAGGACCCGGCAGGAGGGAACCAGUCGCCGGAACUCACGACCGAAGGCGAGUCGGACGUCAAAGCAGAGAUUUCAAGUGAGGUAAGCGAACCUGCGAUGCCGGAUGAAGUAAAAGAGGAUUCGGAUAAAACAAUUAUUGAAUCCGAGCAGCAGCAACAGGAGCCGAUAACUGAAGCCAAAGAUGAAACACCCACGGAGGACACUGGGACCGAGACGGCGAGCGCGAGGGAAGAGUUCAUCCUCCUUGUCCCCAAAGGACACGUUGUAGAGAUGGACAUCGAGAUCGGUCGGUCAUCAGAGAAGACUUCACGUGACGCAGUCGCUCUCUCCGAACCCGACAUCGCAUGUGGACGUCUCGCCCCCCCGCCGCGCACACACACCCCUCAGGCACCAGAUGAAGAAACGAUGGCGGAGGGGAACCGGAGGGGGAACCGGAGGGAGAACCGGAUAACUCUAAAGGAAGACGCACGCCCGGGAAACGAGGGAGACGGUCGGUACGCUGCUCCAGCGCCCGCGGAGGAGGCCUGCACAGGGGAGCAGAUGGUGAAGGACUUUGAGGAAGAGGAGGGCGUGUGUUCCUCUCCGAGGAGCUUUACUCCCCGUGAGGAUUUGUCCGAGCUGCACGGCGAGGAUCAUAAGUGGGGAGCAGAGAUUCACAAGGUGGACGACGCCCCAGGAACCAGCAUUGGUACGGAGCCUUCAAGUCCAGAGGUGGAUCUGCACCGAGAGGACGGAGAACACAAGACGGAGCGAGAGGCUGCGGAGGUCAUCGUUGACGAGCUCGGAUACGAGAUAAUAUACAAACGAGAAGCCGAAGAGAUGGCGGAACCCGAAACGCAGAAAAAUUCAGAGGAACCGAAGCCCGAGUCUGAGAAAGAUGAGAGGAUGGAGAUGGAGGAGAAGCAAGAGGAAGUCUUGGAUCCGUCCCCAGAUGAUGAGCUCAUAGAGGCCGACUACGAGAUCGUCGAGGCGGAGGACGAGAGGCGGGCUCCACCGGCUGCCGAGCCGCAGCGGACGGACAGGUUCUGUCUCACCUGCGGACGUCUGCUGUCAGAGGAGGAGGCUGGAGAGCAUCUCAGCCACGAGGUCACCGCCGUGGACCGGGCCUACGAGGACAUGAAGGUGAAGCUGAGCGACUGGAUCUCAGAGCUUCAGGAGAGGUCGGAGAACAUCGAGGACCUGGUGUCUGAGCUCGAACUGGCCUACAACUCUGUAGAGGACCAGUGUGUGGAGAGCGAGGCGGCGAUGCAGGCCCAGAAUGAGGAGAUGAUGGCUGUGGUGAUGGAGCAGUACAACAACAUGUCCGUCAGCAUGGAGGAGGAGAAGAAGGCCAAACUGGAGCAGCUCUACGACCAGAUUGUCGCCUUCCAGGAGAGCAUCGACACCGCCAAGGCCACGCUGGACACGACCGCCAGGGAGGCCGAGACCGACGCGCGGUCACCUGAAGACAUCAGCGCAAGUCUCAAGGCAGCUCUGGACUCAGCCAUGUCACUGGAGCUGGGGCCCAAAGGGCUCCUGCUGUUUGAGGACUCUGCCAGGGCCAACCCGUCGAGCCCAGCGCUCGCCCAGCGCAAGGGAAUCCCAGUGCCUCAGAGGCCGACGCUGCAGCCUCAGGAGCCAGGCUCCGCCUCCAGCACCAGCGUCACCGUUUACUGGAAGGUCAACCCCGGAGAUAUCAUCGACUGCUUCCAGGUCUACUGCAUGGAGGAUCCUCAGGGAGCGGUGUCCGAGGAGUACCGCGUGACGGUGAAGGAGAGCUCCUGCGCCCUGGAGGAGCUGGAGCCUCACAAGGCCUACAGGGUGUGGGUGAUGGCGGUGAACUACACGGGCUGCUCUCUGCCCAGCGACAGACUCGCCUUCACAACCGCUCCAUCAGUGCCGGUGAUCGAGACGGAGCGCUGUACCGUCAUGUGGGAUUCAGCGACGCUGCGGUGGAGCUCAGCCAAUCAGACGCCUGCACAGAGCUACACCCUGGAGUACUGUCGCCAGUACGAAGUGGAGGGAGCCGGGCUCAGGUCCAUCUCGGGCAUCAGAAGCUGCGAGCAAAAGGUUCUCCUGCAGCCCAAUGAAAACUAUCUGUUCUACAUCAGAGCUGUGAACGAGUCUGGGGCCAGCGAGCCGAGCGAGGCGGCGCUCAUCUCCACCAAAGGGACGAGGUUCCACCUCCUGAAAGCCUCGGCUCACCCCGCUCUGGAGCUGUCGGUGGACCGGCCCGCUCUGCACUGCAGGGCGCCGCCGACGGACACGCCGUGAGUCUCCGUCUGCUCCCACCACCUCCGCUCUGAAAGAAUAUCCGUAAACCAGAGUGUGAGUGUGUGUGUGUGUCCGUCCAUCCUGGGUGAGUUGUUGCCGGCAAAAGGACAUCACUACUGGGAGACCCUCGUGUCAGGGAGCACGGCUUACAGGCUCGGAGUGGCAUACGACACAGCCAAUAGGAGCAGCCCACUGGGGGAAGACACCUUGUCCUGGUGUCUACAGUGCAUCCCGACACCAUCAGGCUGCAGGUAUCAGCUGCUCCACAAGGACGUCCAGGCCACCGUGUGUGUGGUCGAGAUGCCCGAGCGGGUCGGGACGCUCCUGGAUUACCAGCUGGGCCGGUUGUCUUUCUAUAACGCCCAAAGCGGUCAGUUGUUGGGCUCUUUUUGCCAGCGCUUCACCCAGCCGUGCCACCCCGCUCUGGGCCUGGAGAUGCCGGGCAGCCUGGAGGUCGGCAUGGUGCCGGAGGCGCCGGAGUUCACCAGAGACAGCUAGCUCUCCUGUCCGCCCACACCGACGGGUGUUUACAGUUCAUGUUGGACUUAACUCGAUUUGAAUGAUCUGAAUGUAUGAUGAUUAAAGUGACUGCUUUACUGAGAACACUGCAGAUAUGACAAGACAUACAGAUACAGAUAUCCCACAGUAAAAGCAGAAGAUAUACUGUUGCAUACAUGCCAUUCUUUGUGUGUUUAAAGAUCAAACCGAGUCAAUUGUGCAAUUAUUCCCUGAUAACAGGAAAUCAAUUCAACACGCAUCUCUUUUGUUAACAGCAAUGUCUAAUAUCUCAUCUAAAAUGUCUUGUAAAUAGUCAAAAAAAGGGAGUGCACAUGAAUGAUGACAGUGUGAAUACAACUGGAUUGAAAUGUAGUGUUUCACAGGUGGUGUCGUGUGUUUAGUUUAGAGGUGAGAGGUUACAUGUAUAAAACAUGCUGAUGGGAUUGUUUUGUACUGUUUUGUAAAUGUUCUUUGAUUUCCUGACGUUCAGAGUUCUGCUCUUCACACCCGUACGUACAGGUACGGUGAGGUGAGGAACGGGUCUGACUGCAUACUUAAGACCAGUGGUCCCCAAACUAAGGCCCGCGGGCCGGAUACGGCCCCCUGAACAAUACCAGAGACGCAAUCUGAUGUAAAAAAUAUAUAUAUAUAAUAUUUAUUUCUCAGUCUGGCCACGCAAAUCCUCGACUAGCCCUGUCAAAUAGAACGGAAUAAUGGCAAUAAGGUUCGGUAAGAGAAUAAAUAGUGUUAUUUAUUUCCUGACUUUUUUUUCUGUGAAGAUCCCUGAAAGGGUUAUUAAUAUUUGGUUAUGUGGCUUUCUGGAAAACAAUACAUGUUUACAUUUAGGCACCCUGAGAUCGUCACACUUGUUCUGUUACAAACUGACCCCUGACCCCCAUCAGAGAAGGGGACAGUGAUGUGGCCCUCACAGGAAACAGUCUGGGGACCCCUGGCUUAAGACAAACACUCAAUAGUUAAAGUCCUUUGGCGUCGCAGAGUUUAAGAAACAUACUGUGGGACUAUUAAACUAGUUCAUAUUGUGAAUGUGUGUAAAUAACUUUGUAAACAGAUGUGAUCUCAUCUCAAAUGAAUUGUUUUAAUUCUU